GUAGUCUUGAUAGCAAUCAUGAUCAUACUGCACCCUUGGAAUUAGGUCUAGUUAUUCAUGCUCUCCAAACAUCGCUUGUCGAGCAAAAAGAGGAGAUGAUUGUUGUAGAGGAACCUGUAUUUGAGAAUCCACAGGAAGAAGAAACACCCGUAGUAAAUAAAAGAGAGGCAAAAAUUAUCACAGACUAUCAAUCGGAUAUUAUUCCAGCAAGACCACCUACCUCGACCCAUUCUGCCAACUUAAUUGUCAUUGGUCCUAUCGUGCCAAAAUCUGUCAAGGUCAACACAUUAACACCACGCGAACAAGAGAAGGCCGACGAACCAAUCUCAAAAGCAAUUCAUUAUUUAUUCAACAAUCAAUUUAUGAAGGCUAAAAAAUUGUUGGAGCAACAAGCAACCACAGAUCCAUUACAUGCAUUGGGUCUUGGAUCUAUGGUAUUUUUGAAAGCACUUAUGACAACAGACAAGCAAACAACAAAUGAAGCUCUACAAGUCUUAAUGUCUACCUAUAAUUUGGCAACAGCUCAGAUUGAUAAUGCUACCAAAAAAAAUGUUGGUGACACGGUGAUUCAGUACUUUGCUUCAUAUUGUAACUACAUCAAGUUCUCUCGUGGUACAGGUGUCCCAACACACGUUACGCCUGCAAAACCAAAGGCACUGGAAAUGCACAAGGUACAUACGGUUCCCAAUGGCGUUUUACGUGCUCAUGUUGCCAAAGCAGAAGCCUGUUUACAAAUGGCCAUUUUACAUUUAUUGAAAGAAAGUGUUUCUGGGUAUAUUAAAUGCGGACUUAAUUUAAAACGAGCUUAUGCCAGUUACAGUAUUGUUUGGCAAGAAUACAAACGUAUGGGACAGCUGCAUAACGAAUACAUUGAUCGUGAUACAAUUUCAGGAAUACAAUUUGGUAUUGGUUCAGUCCAUUUGGUGUUAGCAUCACUUCCUCAAAAGGUUCUACGAAUUGUGGCCGCAUUUGGAUGGAAAGCCGACAAGCAUCUAGGAUUUGCUCUUUUAAAGUUGUGUCUAGAAGAUAGACGAGCAAGAUCUCCCAUGGCAUCACUGAUGCUUCUGGCUUAUUAUACCGCGUUAACUGCAUUAUGCCCUCAAAUACUAUCGGAUGAGUAUACACAGCCUGCCAUUGAAACACUUUUGGACGCUCAACGAACAUAUCCUAACUCUACCAUCUUUUUAUACUUUGCCGGUCGAACUUCACGACUAGCACGCAACCUGACCCUUUCAACACAAUCCUUUUUAUACGCGAUUGAAACCAGUAAAAACGAGUGGGCUGAAGUCCAAGUGCUCCAUAUGUGCAACUAUGAAAUGGGAUUAAACCACAUGAUGCAAAAUAAUUGGGAAGAAGCGUGCGAGAUAUUUCAAUUCUUGUAUACCGAAAGAUACUGGUCGCAGGCUAUUUUUCAAUACCUGUGUGGAGCCUGUUUAGAUAUGAUGGGCCAACGCACCGAAGCAAUUUUGGCAUUCGCGGAAGUGCCUUUACUGCUCAAAAAAUCUUCACAGUCUAAUGCCAGUACGUACUCUAUUGAGCAGUAUGUGCUUUGUAAAGUAAAACUCUUUCAAUCCAGCGGAUAUCAAGAUAUGGACAUGACGAUGUGUGGACUGGAGUUUUUAUAUUUAUAUAAUGCAUAUGAGUUUAUGGAUAUGGUUCAACUAGAGCAAAAUUUGGGAUUGACCGAUUACGCUUUGACACGAAUUUUGGAGUCAGAAAAAUUAGAGUAUGGUAUACGCACGCGAGAGUUGUUACCCGAGACACCGCCCCCACAGUACGACGAUCAACGAGGAGCGUUACUUUUAAUUAAAGCGUCUAUAUUAAAUGCGAUGGGGAGGUUUCAAGAAUCAGUGAUUCAUUUGAAUUGGAUUAUCGAUAGGAAAGAUAGAAUAACUGCAGAUAAAUGGGUUGUCCCUUAUGCUUAUUGGGAGGUCGGUAUGACUUGCUGGAGUUUAAAUCAAAAAUCGAGAGGCAGAGAAUUUUGGGAAAUUGCUCUGGGUUAUUCCAAUUAUGAUUUUGAGUAUAGAUUAGCCAUGAGAGUUAAUUUGGCGAUUACAAGAGCGGAUGAACUGGGCAUUUACAAACCUGGGGUAAAAAAGACGCCUUCUGAGUUAUAUAUACCAUAUAACAAUACCGCAAGUAUAAGUAGUAUGGACGAUGACGACUAUACACCUAUGUCAUCCAAGAUCUCAGAGCAGGACCAGAAGGUGGAAGAAAUGGAGCACGUGGUUGCCCAAUUAGAUCUAGGUUCGAGUGUAAUCGCUCCUUUAUAACAAUAAUAAAAU